AACAUUCUCCCUUCACUCCAUAGCGGAAAACUAACAUCUUCUCCAAAUUUUUGGAUUCCGCCGAACCAGAGCGUUCGAGAAAAGCUCAUAUUUUCUUCAAAUUUUCGAAGCCAGCUAUGGAUGGACCUGACAAUGAGAGUUUAAAUGGUUGAGAGGAGAACUAAAAGCGGAAAUCGGGGCCUAGAAGAAAUAGCAGAGAGAGAUUAGGAAAGAGCUUUUCAUCCGGUGUCUUACAGAGCAGAUGCCAAGGAAAAGAGGUAGACCAAGGGUUAAUGCUGCUCUUCAAUCCAAACAGGAGGAGCCCCGAGAUGUAAAUCAGGAGGAGGAUGCAUCAUCAGAGCUAAUUGAUCUUGCUGAACGUCAAGGUGAGGCAAUUAGGGCUUUUCAGGCAGUACAAAUUGAACAACUACGCACUAUGUUACGGUUGUUACGCUCUAGCUUCAGCAAGGAAGAGCUGUCAGUUCCAGUUUUGCAUUUUUUCAGCAAAAACCUCCCAAACGUGGUCCUUGUGAGAAAUAAGAAUGAUAAUGCAUGUGAAGUGCAAUGGAAAAAAGAUGACGGUAGCUUUACAAUGGAACAACUAGAUCAAAUGCAUGUACCCACUUCUCUUCUACAGCGAUUAUCCCGGAUGUAUUCCCACCGUUCUUCUGUGAUUCCACCUUUUGACAGAUUUGGAUUUUCAAAUAAUUCUGUGAAAACAUGCGUCUUUGGUGCUGAAAAUCUCCAAAUCAAGGGUUUGGUUUUAGAAGAACCAUCUGAAAAUCAACUGGUUGAUCAGCAGGAUCCUUUCCAAACUCCUGGUGGUUUGUGCCCCUCUACGAAGACACAGUACAUGGCUCACCCCUUGGGGUAUACAAGGAAGACAUGGAAUCAAUACACGAAUCACAAGAGCACUGAGCAAGCAGAGAGAUUUUGGAUCCGCUUUCUUGCAUUAGUUGAAGAGGAAUUCCUAUUCUGUGUAUGUAUCUGACAAAUCAGUGGAAUUGUUCACUUUUUUUAAACUUUUGUUCGUUAGUCACAUCUUAUUUCGUAGAACUUUUGAUGCAGUUUUUAAAUAUGUAAUUUUUAUUUUUUUAGUUCCACCCCAAUUAUCAAAUGAAAUGAAUUAAAACUAACCUU